UUUAGUCAUCUACACACACCAUAAUCCAAUCGAUGAACUUUUCAUGAUUCCCUCUUUUGCAAGCCAUCUUGGGAAACAAGCUACUAUUAACCCUCAAUUAUAAAAUACCAAAAAUCCAACUAUAAAAAUCCCCAAAUCUCAAAUUCAUAUCAAACCCACAUCAAAUCAGUCAUCAAUUUCCAAACUUGAUACCAAAAUUCAAGAUGGGUCUAAUCAAAAUUGGCUUUUCAUUCAUGUUAGGCACAACUUUUGGGAUCUAUGUUGCUCAAAACUAUGAUGUUCCGAACAUAAACAAGCUUUACAAAACAGGGCUUGUGGUUGCUAAACACUAUGAAGAAAAUUAUCGAAAACCCAAAUCAAAAUCUGAUGUCGUCGAUGACCGGAGUGACUCAUGAUUAGGCUUUUAUAUUGAAAUGUUAUUGUAAUGAAAGUUGAUUGGAUCAUUAGAUUAGAUUUAGGAUUUGGAUUUUGUUAUGAUAAUUAAUAUCGUUCAAUGAAGUAAGUUUCGUUGGAAA